AUGAAUUUUGGAAUUAUUUAAAAUUAAUGCCAAUAUUCAAUAGUUUCAAAUGAAUAAAACAAUAAGUUAUUCCUUUUAGUAUAAAUUCCUAAUUCAGCAAAAUUUAGCCAUAGUUUUAAUAAAAAAGAAGGAUUAUUUUAUUUAACAAUAUUCCAAAACCAUGAAAUAGAAUAGCAACUAGGAACUUCAUACAUAUCUAAUAGAAAAUUAGAAGAAGAAUACUAAAUUAAGAUUUGUAAAGAAAAUGAGCUUUAUCAUUUAAUUUAAGCAGAAUAUAAAAACUUCGAAAACGGUAUUCAUUAAUUUGCUUUUAUUCAAGAACUUGAAAUUGAAGACCUAUGA